AUGACCGAUCGCGGACGCCAAUUCACGUCCCGCCUCUUCGCCGACGUCUGCAGAUUCCUUGGCGCUCGCCAUCACUUCACCACGGCCUACCAUCCAAGGGCCAACGGACUGGUCGAACGGUUCCAUGGCACGCUCAAGACCGCUUUACGUGCCGCUGAAGACCCGACCCAUUGGGUCGAGCGCUUUCCUUUAACGCUCCUUGGUAUUCGAGCAACCUCCAAGGCAGACUGUGGCGUUGCACCAUCCACCCUGGUCUUCGGGUCUGCCUUGCGUCUCCCAGGGCAGUUCUUCGACGCAGCGACUUUAGCCCGGACCGCACACGACCCUCUUCACUUCGCCACACGCCUCGAAGAACAUGUGGCUGAGUUUCGCUCGCCAGUCCCGCGCCAUUCAUCUUCUCGUCCGAUAUCCGUGCACCCAGACCUUUCCACCGCCACCCAUGUCUUCCUUCGCCACGACGCCAUCCGCCGUCCACUCCAGCCUCCUUACGACGGCCCCUUCCUGGUGCACUCAAGGCAAGACAAGGCCCUUACCCUCAUAUUUCCGGUUCGUCUCGAGGUCGUAUCCAUAGACCGCGUCAAGCCGGCAUUCCUGGACACUUCUCCAGCACCGACCCCUCGGCUCCUGUUCCCUCGCCCUUUACCCCCGCAAGCUGCCCUGACAGCUCCGCGGUGCGUCCAUUGGGCUCCAGACUCCUCGCAAAUUCACACCUUUCCCGCUUCGUACCCAUCCGGGAAUCUGCGGUGA